GUGGAUGUUUUUUGUUUUGAUUUGUUUACAAUUGUUGUUUUUUUCGGUGUCAUCGGUUGUUGUCAAAUUUUAAUCGUGAAAAAAAAACAAAACCAUAAUUUUCAUUCAAAAUUCGUGUCAAAAAUCGUAUACCGAUACCAUCAUAUCCAUCAUCAGUUAUGGAUAGCCAAAUAACCGAUGAUGGUGAUGGUAAUGGUGGUGGUGGUGGUGGUGAUGAAAGUGGAAGCGAUAUGGAUACAACGACAAAUAAUGAUAUCCAUAAUACAGCGAAAAAUGGUAAUGUUGAUGAUGGCCAUGAAGAAGAACAAGAAGAAGAAGAAGAAUUAUCGGAUGAUGGCAAUGAUUUUGAUGAUAAUAGAAGUGAUGGUGAAGAUGAUAAUCAUUCAAAUAUUGUUGAUGAGGGUGAUGAGGAUGAUGAUGAUAAAACAAAUAUUAUGACACAAAAUGAUAAUAACGGUAUUAUAACGGAAGAUAAUAUACAAACAGCAACUGCUGUUGCAGCAACAACAUUAUUAAAUGCAAUGAAUCGUUUAAAAUCGGAAACAGAUUUAAAUGUUACUACUGAACAAGUUGCUACUGAAUUAUUAUCAAGACAUUUUAAACAACAACAACAAAAACAUCGUCAACGACAUUCAGAUAAUGAGGAUGAUGAUGAUGGUGAAGAUGAGGAUGACGACGAACAGCAUCAUGAAAAUAUGAAUGAUAAUAAUUCAUCAUUGAUAAUGGAUGAUUUAUCUGAUAUGAAUAAUUUUAAAUCUGAACAUCAUCAACGUGAAUUAAUGUUAGUUGCAAUGCAACGACAAGCAGCACAAAUGGCUGCUGCAGCAGCAGCUGCCGGUUUACCAACUGCAGCACAUUUUGCUAAUUUAGCUGCAUCGGUUGGUAAUUUAGCAUCAUCCGGUGGUUUUAAUACAAAUACAUUUGGUCAUCAAUUAAAUACGGCAUUAAUGAAUAAUCAUCAUCAUCCACAUCAUCAUCAUCAUCAUAAUCAUAAUCAUCAUAAUCAUAAUAAUAAUAAUCAUCAUUCAUCAGCAUCACCAAGUCAAACAUCAGGUUCAUCGAAUCAUUCAACAACAUCACCAUCAACAUCAUCAGCAAUGCAUAUUCAAAGCAUUGAACCAGGAAAAGGCUAUACUUAUGAAGAACAAUUUAAACAGCUAUACGAAAUAAGUGAUGAACCAAAACGUAAAGCAUUCCUGGAUGAUUUGUUUAGUUUUAUGCAAAAACGAGGUACACCAAUCAAUCGCAUUCCAAUAAUGGCCAAACAGGUAUUAGAUUUAUAUGAAUUAUAUCAAUUAGUUGUUGCACGUGGUGGUUUAGUUGAAGUUAUAAAUAAAAAAAUUUGGCGUGAAAUAACAAAAGGUUUAAGUUUACCAUCAUCAAUAACAAGUGCUGCAUUUACAUUACGUACACAAUAUAUGAAAUAUUUAUAUCCAUAUGAAUGUGAAAAAGAAAAAUUAAGCCAACCAGAAGAAUUACAAAUGGCAAUCGAUGGUAAUCGUCGUGAAGGUAGACGUUCAAGUUAUGGUCAAUAUCCUGAUUUAACUAAUUCACCACCACCAUUACCAUUACCAUCAUCAUCAUCAUCAGCAUUACAAACACCAUCAUCAUCAGCAGUAUCAGCUGCAGCAGCACAACAAUUUCUUAAUCGUAAUUCAUUGUUUGUAAAUAGUGGAUCAUCCAAUAAUAAUAAUAAUGGCCAUUCAUCUUCACCUUUAAGUCUAGUCUCUAGACAUUUAUUGAAUGGUCAUCAUAAUCAUAAUCAUCGAUCAUCAUCACAAGGUCAUUCUUCCGGAGAAGAAGAUAAUGCAAGUGUAUCAUCCAAUCAUACACCUUAUACACAUUCAUUACCUGGUAGCGGUAGUAGUCAUAAUCAUCAUCAUAAUAAUAAUCAUCAUCAUCAACAACAACAACAUAAUCGUCUUAAUCCUAAUGAAGCGCUCAAUCUAGAAAUAAAUCCACGUAAUUCAUCAUCAACAAAUAUUGCUGGCAAUGAAACAAUGACAACAACAACAAGUUCAUCAGCAAAACUUAAUUCAUUAGAUAGAAAAACUAAUUACGAAGAUCUAUUUGGUGUUACGCCUAAUAAACGAUUCUUAAGCGAAGAGAAUUUUUUACUAAAUGCUUGUAAUUUUCCAAGUACACAUCUAAAGAUAUCAAGCAAAGAUGGCCGAACUUUGGAUGGACAACUAACUGUCAGUAUGGAAAUAAAUGGCGUACUUUAUCAUGGUAUAUUAUUUGCUCAAACUAAUAAUCGUAACAACAACAACAACAGUGGCAGCAGCAACAAAUGAAAACCAAAAAAAAUUGAUGAUUCCUUUUAUAUACUCAUAAUCGACCAAAUAUCCAAAUUGCUCAUCGGAUAUCACAAAUUGAUUGUCCAAGCCAAUCAAUCUUAAAUAGCGAUUCGUAUUCCGUCCCCCUUUUUUUGCAACAUUAUCAAACAUCAAAACGAAUCGAAAGAAAGAAAAAACUUUGGAUUUUGAUUCGAUUAUUAUUAUUAUAUAUCCAUAUCUACUUAAAAA